GUUUCGUUUCUUCAUCCCGCUCUUUGUUGCAUCCUCCAUCCCUCUCCUUCCGCCAUCCACCCUUCCAUCCCCUCUUUCUUCUUCCUUCCCUAUCCUUCCACUCCAUUCCUUUUGUCUCCCACCUCAACCAUUCUCCUUCCCCUUCAUGACCCAUCGAAUGAGCCACUUGAACGCGUAAAGGCGCCCUGGAACAUACACCAUAAUAAUAAAAAAAACUAAAAUGACCGACAGCAGUCCUAAUGGCUCAACGACCGCUUCGGCAACCUCCAGCGAGUUCUUGACCUCAGCACCUCCAUCCUCCACAUCGCUAAAGGCUCUUCCUCGCCCCAUCUCCAUCCGCCACAGCCAGAGUUAUGAGCCCUCCCCUCCGAGUCCCACAAGCCCACCUCUGAACGAGCUCAGGGGCGCGCGUUCCUCUGCGUCCCUGAAUCUGCUCGCCUCAACCACGCCACUUCACCAAUACAGAACUCCUCACUCAGGGCAGCGCUCCCAGCGUCAGCCAUCAAAGUCUUCGUCCUUCUCAAACCCAUUUAAAAAGCUACAAAACACUUUCGGAGGCAGUGGCAAACGAAGUCUGGAUCUGGGUUCGACCAAUAACACUAACAUUGAUGUUAACGAUGUGAGGAUCAAGCCCGAGCGGGUCGUGUCUUCGUCGUUGUCGGCCAGUUCCCUGACUUCAUGGCGAUCCAAGGGAGCCGAGAUGCUAUCAAAGUCUUUGGGACGUAACAGAAAGAAUUCAGAGCCGCUGCUAAAGAGCACAGCAUCGGCAUCUGUGACAGGGAGCGUAAUAUUUGGGGCACAUCUCGAGGACGCUAUCCAGGCCUCACAUAUUCCUGAUACACCAAUGGUGCCUGCUGUUUUGUACAGAUGUGCAGAAUUUUUGGAGGUCAAAGGCGUCGAUGAGGUUGGAUUGUACCGUGUGCCUGGUAGUCAUGCAAAUGUACAAAAGCUCAAGCGUAUGUUUGACACUGGCAAGGACUACAACUUGCUGACGAUGGAUGGGAUUGACCCGAACGAUAUUGCGACGCUGCUGAAGCUGUACUUGAGAGAGUUACCGAGUCCUCUUUUACCUGCAGCCUUACUGCAGCAAUUCCAGUCGCUGCUUACGACUGAUCGCCAUAUCUGUCAGACACUGCGUGGAAUCCUUGUCCGCCUUCCACGUUCCAGCUAUAUUGCCUUGUCGUUCCUUUGUCACCACCUCUCCAAAAUCGCCGCACAUGACGAUAAGACAAAAAUGACCGUCUCAAACCUAGGCGUGGUGUUUGCGCCGACGCUCGCCAUUGGAAGCGUGCUCUUCAAAGCAUUGCUAGGCGGCUUCUAUGAUGGUGUCGACACACCCGAGAACAGAGAAAAGGGUCUCAAGAUCGUCUGGGGCGGGUUACUGCAGGACGGAAACAAUAUUCAGGAAUGGCCUGAGGCUGAAGAAGAAACAGGGUUGUCACAGUUUGUAACAGCAGAAACCUCAGAGGGCGACAAGAUAGAAUACGAUGAGGCUAAGCAAGAGCAGGAUCAAGGCCAAAACGAUCUGGAACAACUCCAGCACUAUAUCUUCCACCAUCAGUCUUUGCCAGCGUUAUCGCCUUUCAGCGAUGAGCAGGCGAGCACCACGGCUACUUCCUAUUUUGGGCCCGUAUCCCAUCACGGCAUCGGACCAUUGGACUUGGACGAUCGACCUGUUUACGGACAGAUCAUCACUGAUCCAUCCUCCCUGAGGAACUCUAUCAGCAGCGAGAGCUUGGACGAUAGCACGGCAAACGACGAGUCGACGCUUAUGAAGGCUAUGCUGCAACGGGAGGAGCUGGCCACAAAGCCACCUCCAUCACCCUCAUCGUCUGGAUCAGACUCUGCAAAGAUCCACUCUGCACAAGAGUCGCCGUCAGCAGCCACGCCUGCAAACUCUGCGAUCCCGCCAUCCCACUUGACCUUGACUGCAGCCAUCACCAGCAAUCAGACAACAACCUCCACUGACAGCAGCCCUAGUACCAGGGUCAACAAAAUCGCCGAUCCAGCCCUGUCACCGCCAUUCGUGGCUAUACUCCCAUCACCAACCCAGAGUGCAGCCGUUCUGCACAUCACCAUCGAUGCCGGCGCUGUACCCCCAGUUUCGAUCUCAGCCUCAACCUCCGCUGCAUCAAAUUCAAAGGAAUCCUCGCCAACAACGGCUACUGUACCCGGCAUAGAUACGCGCACGGAAUAUACUCCUGAUUCUGGCAAGACAUCACCAUCAAAGAGCGAAACAGGCACGGUCCAGAUACAACUAUCUGAUCCAAUGCCGAUACCCAUCUGAGUGUACCAUUCCUAGCUCCCCUUACACUAGCACCUAUCACUACUUGUCGAGCAUUUUGAGUACGGUACAUAAAAAUCAUUUGUAAUCAUACGCGAUGAAUAUCCUCAAAUGGUU